AUUAGUUGGACUUCCUGGUCUGUUUAGGUUUGUUUUGCUACGUUGACCAUGGCUGCAGAGGGCGAUUUUUUGGCAAGAUACCGUGCUGUGUCAAAUAAACUGAAAAAACGUUUUCUUCGGAAGCCCAAUGUAGCGGAGGCAAGUGAGCAGUUUGGUCAGUUAGCCAAGGAGCUAAAGCAGCAGGACUGUCUGCAAUAUGCAGCCUUCUGUAACCUGGCCAUGGCUCGGUGUGAGCAGACUCUUUUUAAUGCUCCUGGAGAGGCAUUGGCGUUAACUGAUGCUGCCCGCCUCUUUCUCUCGUCUGAGAAGGAGAACAGGGCCCUGCAGGCUCCGGGAUUUGAUGAGCACCUUCAGGCUGCACUCAACUGUUACAGCUUUGCAAUCAAGGUGUACAUUGAGAUGAACCAGCCAGUGAUGUCAGCCAGCCUGUGUCUAGAACUUGGCAACGCGCUCAAGGAGAUGAACAGACCAGGAGAGGCUAUUGUUCAUUAUCAGCGGGCUGCAGAGUUGCAGACGCAGACACCGAUAGAGGCGCUGCUAUCAAUGGGAGAAAUAGCCACAUGUAAAAUUCUCACCCGUGACUAUGACGGUGCUUUGUCGGUGUUCACAGAGAUGCAGCUGAUGUGUCAGGAGAGAGGGCUGCAGCUACCAGGCACCAGCACCCCUGUUGGUGCAUUUCUGGACAUUGUAGCAAAAUGUGAGAUCUCCAGAGUGCUAUUGCUGAUGCUACUUGAGCCUCCACCUCAGAAGUUGUUACCUGAACAUGCACAGACCCUGGAGAGAUAUGCAUGGGAGUCCUUUGACCCUCACAGCCAAGUGACCUUCCUGCCCGAGAAUGUUUUCCUGCUCCUGCAGUCAGUAGUGAUGGCGUGUCAGGAGAAAGACACAGAGUCCCUCAAGUCUCUUCAGACUGAGCUGUGGCCACUUCUGACAGCUGAGCAGAAUCACCUUCUCCACCUGGUGGUGCAGGAGCGUAUCACGCCGUCUGGCCAAGGCAUUUAGUACAGUCCAGUUUUUACUCACUUCCUCUGGGAACGAUACUUUAUAUAAUGGAACAUUCCUGUUUCUGACUGGGUCUGUUGUAAGGCCCUGAAGAAGUGCUGUUUUCAAAAUUUCAGUGUUGUAACUUGCACUCAGACAAAUGCAUGCAACACAAAACUUUGCCCUUAUUAGGCAAAGUCAUGCAGGUUUAGAAAUCAGCGAAAAUCCAAUAGCAUUGUGUAGAACUGUAUGUUGUCCUGGUGUGAAGAUUUUUGUGAGGAUGCUGACUUAAGACUAAAUUGAAAUAAUUUUUAAUGAAAUCUCCUGUGCUCUUACUCAAGUGAAAGCUACAAAACUGGACCAGUUGAUACAUAUUUAUUAUGUAACAGUAACUGUUUUGGGUCAUGUUUUAUUUACAGCUGUUUAAAAGAUGAAACAGGAUCAACUUGUGUUAUAAUUAGUUUUAUUAAUAAACGAUAUGGCUUUUAUUCCAAUGUAAUUACAAACAAAACCUUCUACUCUAUAGUUCUGUAAUAUGGUGAAAUGAAACACCAAUGUCCUCCAUCCCUGGUUCACUUUAUGUUCACUUGUACAAAUUGCAUGUACUUUUCUUAGGAUAGCAGCCAACUACAGACACAAAAUCAAACAUGAUUAAAAAAAACACUCCAUACAAAUGUUACAA